AUGUGGAAAUAUCCUACGUUAUUAGCCAUAUGUCUCGUCGCUGCUGAGGCACUUCCAAAACAAGGGAGGAUUGCUGGAGGAUCAACGACUAACAUCAGCCAAUACCCAUUCUCCGCUGCACUGUUGAUAUCAUGGAACAAUGCUGCCUUCCGACAGGACUGCGGUGGCACGAUCAUAAACAAUAGAGCCGUUCUUUCUGCAGCUCACUGUUGGGUGGGCCACAAUGCUAAUUUCCGUGUUCGAGUCGGCUCUACCAAUGGGAACAGUGGCGGUGCUGUUCACAACGUGCAACGACACAUAACUCACCCGGAUUAUAUGUUUGAUUGGCAUAAUAUACGGAGUGAUAUUGGUAUAGUACGACUGGCGAGCGCUAUUGUCUUUGGAGGCAAUGUAAGAGCUGCCCCAAUCGCUGGAGCCAACUUCCACAUCGCUGAUAACACCUACGUAUGGGCUAUUGGAUGGGGUCUACGUUUUCCUGGUAGCGGUUUAACCGAACAACUGCAACAUGUUCAGCUCAGAAUAAUCAACCACGCUACUUGCCAGCGCUCUUUCAAUGCACAGAACGUUAACGCAAGGACUGUCUGCGCCGGUUGGCAUCAAAGUGGUCGUGGUGCAUGCACUGGUGAUUCUGGUGGACCUCUCGUCCACAACGGUGUUGCCAUAGGCGUGCUUUCAUUCGGUGGUUUUACAUGUGGAGAUGGUACGCCUAAUGUAUACGCGAGAGUUUCUAGCUAUGUUAACUGGAUUCGGAAUAAUGCUUGA